AUGUCUGGCUUGAAACUCUUCCGGUACGUGGCCUGGGCGGCAGUUGCCGUCCUUGCCGGCGUAUCCGGGGUGCUUGUGUAUCAACAAACGGCCGGAAACGAAAAUUCCGGUGGCCUGAUUGAACCGCUGGCGGCGAUCGGCGGCCCAUUUGAACUUGUCGACGGAAACGGCGAGACCGUAACGGACGCGACUUUUGCCGGAAAACCGACCGUCCUGUUUUUCGGUUUCACCUAUUGUCCGGACGUGUGUCCGACGACCCUCUCGGAGUUGCAGGGCUGGAUGGACGCACUCGGUGACGACGCGGAAAAGCUGAACUAUGCCUUUGUUUCCGUUGAUCCGGAACGCGAUACCCCCGAAGUCAUGCGUGACUAUGUCUGGGCAUUCGACAAGCGCAUCACACCGCUGACCGGAUCGCGUGAACAGGUCGAUGCCAUGAUCAAGGCCUAUCGCGUCUAUGCCAAGAAGGUGCCUCUUGACGACGGCGAUUAUACGAUGGACCAUUCCGCCGCCGUUUAUCUGAUGAACGCGGACAACAAGUUUGUCGGAACCAUCGCUUAUCAGGAAGCGGAAGAUACAGCCUUGCCGAAGCUCCGCCGCCUGAUCAAGAACGCGCCUGCUUCGUCGUAA